UUUUUUUUUUGUUUCUAUUCCCCUUCUCUCCUUGCCUUUCUAUCCUUAUUACCAGUUUUCUGUAUUAUUAAAUGAUUAUGACCAAGAUAGAUUCCACUACCAAGAAAGAGGAUAGAGGUCACCUUCUCCUUGAGCAGGAUCAGAAUAGACAAAAUAUUGCUCUGCCUCCCAAAAAGCUUAUGGCAAAUAAAGUUCAUGCAGCAGAAAGAGCUGCGUCGAAUAGCAAAAAGUUAACCAGCAGUACUGCUACUAUGACGAACUCUAGAAUAAUGACAACAAUGACAACAGAAAGGUCCACCGCUACCACCACUACCACCAGUUUCAAAAUGGCUUCUGCUUCAGUCGGAAAAGAAGACAUCAGUAGACCCAAUGGGGAGGCUCAAAAAAGCACUCCCAGUCAUGCUGAAUCAUUUGGAACUGGAAACAGUACGUCAAAAAGAAGGCCUUCCACCACAAUAGAAAGUAGUAAAGAGAAGAGAGCCAUGAUGAGCACCAAUAGUAACAAUAAUGUCAACGACAACAGCAGCAGCAGCAGCAACAACCAUAGACCGGCUCCUGCGAAGGCAGCGAGAACAAUCACUCAUUCCGAACGAAUUGUUCAAGCCGAGAUCAGUAACUACAGACCUUACUUUACUGAAGUUGACGGUGAUUCUGACUCAACAUUGAGCGAGGAAGAGAAGAAUCUUCUAGUUGAACUUGAGUACCCCGGGCCCGUAGAACCUGAACGAUUCCUUUUGCUGAAGCCUGUCCUAAAAACCUCGAGUGCACGUAAUGCCGAUUCUGAAGAAGAAGAUAAAGAUGAAUAUAACCCCAUCAACGACCUCAUGAGGACAGCCGAGUUCAUUUAUGAUUGUUACCUCACUCCUGAGCAACAAAAGAAAUUGGGUGAUCAAUCGCAAGGCAUCAUGCGUAAUCUGACCAAGUACCGCAAUCGUCGUAAUGGAGCUGGAUUCGCUCAAGCGUUAAAGGAUUUCAACAGAGUUAUCAAGCAGUUCAAACAAGACGGCAGUUUAGCAAAGAACGCUAGUGAUAUGUGCCAUCCCAGUUACGAUUUAGCUUGCCAUAUUCUAUUUCAGGUCUACAGCCGUACAGUGGCACCUCAAGCAGACCAGCUGAACAAUUAUGCAGCGUUUUCAAAUAAUGUGUACGGUGAGAUUAAUCCUAUUUUGGUAAAAGAGUUUAUUGCCAAGACCGGGAUCAAUUCUCGUAGCGUUUUCAUGGAUAUGGGAUGUGGUAUUGGUAACGUGGUGCUACAGGUCGCUGCACAAACAGGAUGUGAAGCUUACGGCAUCGAGAUCAUGGAAACUCCUUGUAGAAUGGCCAAGCGCCAACUGAGAGAAUACGCGCGACGAAUGAAGGCUUGGAAACUUCCCACUGGCAAAAUUCAUUUUAGACAUGGCGACUUCUUAGACGUAGCAGCCAACGAUUUAUAUUCUACGCUAAAGAGAUCUGAUGUUCUGUUGGUCAAUAACUACGCAUUUGACGCAGCGACCAAUCAAGCGCUGGCUCAGCUAUUUUUAGAUUUGAAAGAAGGCACCAAGAUUAUUUCAUUGAAAUCGUUUGUGCCUAAGCAUCACAAAAUCAACCAACGUACACUCAAUAUGCCAGAGUCGAUUUUACGUGUAGAAGAAUUUGAAUAUUUCUCAGAAGCAGUUAGCUGGACGAAUAACGGUGGAAAUUAUUAUAUUGCCACUGUUGAUCGCAGCCGCUUAGCACCUUACUUUGAAGAAAUGUACGGACGUUAGAUUGCCAUAGAAUUCUUCUUUCUUAUUUAAGUUUUUUAAGUUAUUAUUGCUUUUAUCAUCAUUAUAUACAUAUAUAUAUUAUCUUAUAUCACUUUUUGUAUAGUACUUAUCGUCUAUUUUUUUUUUUUUUUUUGAC